AUGACCCCCACUCGCGAGAACGAGGACAUAGAGGGGCGCUCGUAUAAAGACUAUGCUUACAGCCCUGUACCAGUGAGUUCCUCUUCGGCGGUGUUUGAUACUACCACCCCUGCUAAAGAAUCUGUGGAGACCAACGUACAACGCGUCGUUAUCAAUCACUACCCCGCAGACAUGACGGAAAAAGGUUCCAAGCUCGUCCAGUUUCUAGCCGCUGCGGCGGCUAAUUUAUCUAUCCUCGCGACUGGUGCCAUGUUAGGAUGGACAAGUCCAAUGCUCCCUCUCUUAGAAUCGACCGGUGGACCCUUGGAAUCACCGAUCAGUUCCGAACAGAGUUCCUGGAUAGGAUCUCUGGUGCCUCUCGGUACGAUCGGGGGCAGUUUUAUAGGGGGAUUUCUCGGAGAACGGUGGGGCCGUAAACCGACAUUGCUGUCUUGUCUGCUGCCGUAUUUAAUUGGAUGGAUAUUGAUCGGUACUGCCGGUCAUGUUGCUCAGCUUUACGUUGCUCGAUUAAUACUUGGAGUCGCUCUGGGCUUUGCAUUCACGAUCGUACCAAUGUAUUGCGGUGAAAUUGCUGAGACUUCUAUCAGAGGAGCACUGGGAUCCUUCCUCCAACUUUUUAUCACGAUUGGCUUGCUGUAUGCUUAUGCUAUCGGACCCUUCGUCACCUAUACUGUCUUUUGGAUCGUUUGUGCUAUUCUGCCGAUAAUCUUUUUCGCUUGCUUCAUUAUGAUGCCGGAGUCUCCGUAUUUCCUCCUUAUCAAGGGACGCAAAAACGAAGCGAUCACGUCUCUCGCGAAGCUGCGAAGCAAAUCGGAACUGGCUGUGCAGAAAGAAGCCGACGAAAUACAGGAACAAAUCGAUGAACUUUUCAAAGAAGAAGUUAAGUUCUCGGACUUGUUUACGGUGAAGGCCAACUUCAAGGCUUUACUCUUCACUUGUGCUUUGGCUUCCUUCCAACAGUUCACUGGUAUCAAUGUUGUGCUAUUCUAUAUGCAAAAUAUCUUCAUUGCUGCCGAAAGUUCUGUUCCAACAGAACAAGCGCCUAUUAUUAUCGGUGCUGUGCAAAUGCUAGCGUCGGGUGCUACGCCUAUUGUCGUCGAUUGGUUAGGCAGGAGAGUGCUUCUCGUCUUUUCCGGCAUUGGAACAACACUCAGUUUGUGUGCCCUAGGCUUGUAUUUCUAUCUGAAGGAUGUGCAGCACGCAGACGACGUAGUGGCGCAGAUAUCCUGGCUACCGGUAGUCGCGCUCGUCAUCUUUAUCGCUACUUACAGCGUGGGCUGGGGCCCGCUCCCGUGGGCCGUCAUGGGCGAAAUGUUCUCCUCGAAUGUCAAGGCUAAGGCUUCCGGUAUAACAGUUUCAAUCUGUUGGUUUCUGGCCUUCCUUAUCACCAAGUUCUCCAGUAAUAUGGAUGAAGCGAUCGGUCAAUACGCGACAUUCUGGAUGUUUGCAGGAUUCUGUGUACUUAGCAUCAUCUUCACGGUACUUAUACUGCCGGAAACGAAAGGCAAGAGCCUUCAGCAAAUACAAGCUGAGCUCAACGGAAAGCCUUUUCACACUUCAGAUAUCGAGAACGGAACGAAGAAGUAAAAAUAGAGCAUUCGCGAUCGAUCCCAUUGACGAAUGGUGUAUGCAAAACACCUGAUAAAUUGAUAUCUUAAAAAGAGUUAAUAUUUCUUAACAUCGUAACAUUGUAACAUUUUUAAUCCUUAGGACGCGUCUAGAAAGACAUGUCUAACAGAGAUAUUUCUUGAAAUGGAAAAAAAUUGACAGCGCAGAAAUGUGCUAACAGGCCUGAGUAACGUUACGUGCCUAUCAUUUUUUACUGCCAAAUUUACGAAGAUUUAGAUGAAAAGAGAAUAUUUUUAAGCUUAUACAUUGCUCAUAUACGGGAACGAUUUUGUUGUUUUCCAAACGGGACCAAGAACUCAUCAGCGUCUUCCGAACGCGUUACGCAACACAAUGUCAAUUGUAUAUAAUAGGAGGAAUCAUUCCAUAAUAUAUUUAUAAACGCGCUCGUAUUAAUAAUUCAUUGUCCAUAAAUUUCGUUUUCCGAGCACAAAGGAAUUUGUGGUGUGCCAGUAAACGCUGCUUCAAGUGUUUUCAAACAAGUUCCUGUCUGACUCGUGAUUAGAGGAGAUGUCGUGAUGGAGUAUAUAGUCGUUAAUAAUAAUAUUAACUAUCCUACUAUUAUUAUUUUAUCAAGAUUUUUAUAGUAUUACAUUUUGACGUAGCAAAAAAUAAAAAAAAUAAAAAAUUUUGCGACAUUUCUGGUUCACGGGUGAGAGACUAGUCAUUUUGUAUCAUUUCUAUAUUCAGAGAAUUUUAUGAGUUAUUUAAAAAAAAUCUUGCUUCGACUAUCAUUAAAAUUAAAAAUUAAAAGAAAAUUGUUAGAAUUGUCAAUAAAUUGAUAAAUUUACGUAACAUAAAAAUAUAUGAGGCAACUUUGUCAUUGUUAAUGAAUAUUAAUAACGACAAAGUCAUCAUUGACAUACUUAAUUGAUUGCAAUGAGACGUAACUCUUUCAUAUAUUACAUACAAACUAUUAUAUAAUUAUAAAAAAAAAACAGAUAAUAUUUAAGUAUCGUAUUACAAAUUGACUCACGUUAGUUGUAAGCUAUAUAUAAGUAGUAUUUUCAUAUCAUCUUUAAUAUUAUCCUAUUUAUAAGUAGUAUUUUAAUACUACUUUUAAAUGCACAAUGCAUUUCUCUUUCUGAUAUCAAAACAUUCUAACAUAAGUAUAUGCUAUUUUAAGAAACUUCUUCUCUUCCUAUUUAGAAUUGCCUCUAAAAUAAAAUUUGGUACACUUGAAUUUCGAUAAAAAUUAUAAUUCUAAAAAUUAAUAGAAAUAAUCUACUCGAUAAACAAGCGCUGGUCGCACAUAUUGAUUAACGAAUAAGUGUUUUAUAAACAUUUUACAGUAUAUGCGAAAAUAUUCAAUUUCUACGGGAAAUGUUAAAAUAAUCUUUUAUGAAGUACGUAUGAGCUUUGUUCAAACUAUCAACGAAUAAUAAAUGACAAUGUCUGUAAGGUUCCUUUUGCUUUUCACAUGAAAAUACUCGAAUUUUAUGCGAAAGGCAAAUCAAUUUCGAAAAUGAUAGACUUUAAUCGACAACGUUGCUUUACUACAAAUUGACUGUUGUAUAUAUUAUAUUUUAAUACACAAAUAUUUGCUGCAGACAUA